AUGGCACUCCCCUGGGAGACAGAUGGCGGAGUCGACGGCCGCCCGAAUAGCAUCGAAGUCCUACUUGAUUGGUUAACUGUGCCAGGGAACUAUACCAGGUGGUGCAAUGCCAAGCGGAAGGCCCCACUGACCAAGGAAAUCCACCAGGUAAUGAUCCAAAGAGGAAUCCUCCAUCGGAACCCACAUGGCAUCUCGCUGAAGAUAUACAUGCUCCAUGAAGGAUACAAGCAUGCAUGCCACUAUCGACGGCAGACCCCCGCGGCCCUUCAAAAGCGAUUCCCCAAUGGGUACCUCUCAUUUGCAGACUGGCCACCCCGAACAGGUUAUACCGAUAUGAUUUGCCAUGACUGGGCCCGACUCGAACAGAUAUUUGGUCCGCCUGAUGACCUUCCAAACGACGCAAUUGACCCGGAUCCGUCAGCCAGACAAAGGAUCAUGAUCCACACAGACGCAGGCUCCCAGGUCUUCAAAUUUGUCGAUGAAAUCCACAGUCAGUAUCAUGAAAUGUUGCACCAGACCCCAGGAUUUGUCUCAUGGUCCACCUACUUCAAGAACAACGAAGCCAAUCAAAGCGAAUUCCCCCUCUUGACCGGCUUAGACAAUGAGGUCAUCCUACAAAAAUAUAAUACCCUAACCAUGGGUUCCAGCCAAACCCAGCCUCAUUUUCCCUACUGA